AUGCAGUACGUAGCUGUGCGUCUGACGUCAUCCCCCUUAGUAACCCUCGGCGGCGUCUCCAGGAGAGAAGGCAACAAGAUGGGAUUGCUGUCCAUCCUGCGUAAGCUAAAGAGCACACCGGACCAGGAGGUGAGGAUACUGCUGCUGGGUCUGGACAACGGAGGGAAGACGACCCUGCUCAAACAGUUGGCAUCCGAAGACAUCAGCCACAUCACCCCCACGCAGGGAUUCAACAUCAAGAGCGUCCAGUCUCAGGGAUUUAAACUGAACGUUUGGGACAUCGGAGGCCAGAGGAAGAUCAGGCCGUACUGGAGAAACUACUUUGAGAACACUGAUGUGCUGAUUUAUGUCAUUGACAGCGCUGACAGAAAGAGGUUUGAGGAAACGGGUCAGGAGCUGGCUGAGCUGCUGGAUGAGGAGAAGCUGAGCGGCGUUCCUGUGCUGAUCUUUGCGAACAAGCAGGACCUGCUGACGGCCGCCCCGGCAUCCGAGAUCGCAGAGGGCCUCAAUCUGCACACCAUCCGGGACCGAAUGUGGCAGAUCCAGUCCUGCUCCGCCCUCACUGGUGAGGGCAUUCAGGAGGGCAUGAAUUGGGUCUGCAAGAGCGUAAACUCCAAGAAAAAAUAGCUCGGCUUCUAGUCUUCCAGCCCUCAGGAGCAGCAGCAGCAGCAGCAGCAGCAGCACACACACUGACACACAUGGCAGCCUCCUGAGCCUUAGUACGAUGGGAUAUACCUGUGAAUGUACACACACUACUAAUCCAACGUGGACUUGGAGUUUUUAACCCCCCCCCUGCAUCCCUGUCACCGCUGACGUCCACUAAUCUCAGCACAUGUCUCCGCGUCGGCCUCCACCUCAGAGGACGGGCGUUUUGCCUUCAAAGAGGAACCCAUGCCAGGAAUUAGACCCCUCCGUCCACCCACGUCGCCGUCACACUCCUCACCCGACACGACCUCAAACAUCCCCGUUACAAAACUGCUGUCUUUUUCACCGAGGAAUUCCAACGUGUUCUUGAAGCUCUUUCACUCGCUGUCCUGGAAACCAGCCCUCCUCCAUCUCCAUCGUUUUUCCUCCAUCUUCUGUGUUGAUGUUUUCUUUCUUUCUUUCAUUUUUUUUUUUUUAAAGAAAUCAUUCCACGAUGGCUGUAAGCGCUUUUCCUGCUAUGGCUCUGUUUGAAGUGAGGUAUAUUUUUGUAAUUUGUUUUAUUUAUGGUGAAGUAGAGUGUAGAGUGCUUUCAAACAACAGCUCGUGCGGUGUGUGUGUGUGUGUGUGUGUGUGUGUGUGUGUGAUCCCCAGGAUGUUGGCGUAUCGGUCCAGCUCUCCCCCUGCUAAAGAAUAAUACUGUUCAUAUGUAUAAAAAAACAAAAAGAAAAAAGAUGAAACUAAAUGGUUAAAAGGAGAACUACUACACUUUUGGAUCAACUGUAAAUAGUUGGGCCCCGUGUUCAUAUGUUACGUUAUGCACAUGUUAUAGAGUAUGUGUCGCCCCGCUGUGCUUCGUAGUCUAUAAUGUUUGCAUAUCUAAUGUAUGCUGGCAGAUUUUUAACAGAGGUACACGUACUGUAUGUCCCGACGCAUUUCCAUGUGCUCUUUGGGUUAGUGAGGGAACUCUUUCGGCAUUUCCUUUUGAUAUUCUUGAAUGUAAUCUGUCCAGAAUUGAAGAUACUGUAUGUGAAUAAAAAAAAAAAAAAA